AGUUAUUAAGCUGAAAGAAGAGAGGAGAUGUUAGGAUUCUUGCCUGAAGAGGUUGUAGUUCAAAUAUUAAGCAGAUUGCCUGUUAAGUCCAUUUUCAAAUUCAGCUGUGUCUCCAAGUUAUGGAAUUGUAUCAUCAAAACCCCUCAUUUUAUCUCUGCUUUCUCAUCUCACCAUUACUUCCUUUUGCAUCACUCCUAUUACUCUAACCACCACUCUCUGCGUUUCGACAACAAACAUCUCGAUCACUACCUGUCCCUCCAUCCGCCUUGCACCCGAACCGAUACUGUCCAUAUGGUUGGCUCUAGUAAUGGUCUUGUCUGCCUUUAUUGUACCUCGCGAAAGAAUUUUCUCGAGUUCAUUAUCUGGAAUCCUUCCAUUAGAAAAUCCUUGACGAUACCUGAAUCUAGUUAUCGUCUUCCCAGGUCGUCUUUCGAAAUAUUUUUUGGGUUUGGAUUUGAUUCAAGAACCAAUGAUUACAAAUUGUUAACAUUUUCAGCUGACUCUAUUACUAAUGUGGUUCUCUAUUCACUCAAUUCUAAUUCUUGGAAGAAAAUCACUAAUGUUCCUUGCAAAUUUAGAAAAUAUGGAUGUUGGUUAGUUAUUCCAGCUUUCAUCGAUGGCAGAUUUUACUGGAAUGUGACUGUUGAGGAAAAGAAUUUGGUGUUGGUGUUUGACUUAAGGGAUGGGAUGUUUGGAGUUUGCCUGAAUGUUUGGAACAUGUUCACUGGUGCAUGGACGAAGUUAGCAACAGUUGGAAAACGCUGGAGAGGAAGUUCAAAAGCGCUUGAGUUUAGAGAUAAUGUUACGGACUCAGAAUUACCAAACCUGGACUCUGAUUAUCUACUCAAUACUAUGAAAAUGAAAAAAUCUGAAUACUUGCCUGAAGAGGUUGUAGUUCAAAUAUUAAGCAGAUUGCCUGUCAAAUCCAUUUUGAAAUUCCGUUGUGUCUCCAAGUUAUGGAAUUUUAUCAUCAGAACCCCUCAUUUCAUCUCUGCUUUCUCAUCUAACAAUCAUCACCAUUACUCCAACGAAGAUCUCGAUCGCUACCUGUCUCUCCAUCCGCCUUUCAACCCGCCCAAUACCUUCCGUAUCGUUGGCUCUAGUAAUGGUCUUGUCUGUCUCUUAUCUUUAUCCCAAUACCCUCCCAUCUAUUACAAUCAGUUCAUUCUUUGGAAUCCUGCCGUUAGAAAAUCCAUGCUCAUACCCGAAUCUACUUUUUGUCUUCUUGAUUUGACCUCCCAAAGAUUAUUUGGGUUCGGUUUUGAUUCAAGAACCAAUGAUUACAAAUUGUUGGUGGCUCGGUGUUUGGCUCACUCGAUUACUGAUGUCAUUCUCUAUUCACUCAGUUCUAAUUCUUGGAAGAAAAUCACUCAUGUUGCUUGCAAGUAUAGGAAUGACAACUAUUUGUUAUUCGCUCCUUCUUUCGUCGAUGGAAGAUUCUAUUGGCCAAUAUUCGAUGAGAAGAAGAAUCUGGUGUUGGUGUUUGACUUGAGGGAUGAGAUGUUUCGGGAGAUAUCAUUGCCUGAAUGUUUGAGAUAUGUUGACAGAGCAUGUUUGCAAAUGAUAGCAUUUGGAGAAUCAUCCAUCGCAGUCAUCCAUCAAGAUGAACGCGAUAGCUCUUAUGAGUCUGAUAUAUGGGUGUUGAAAGAGUACAAUAGUGGUGCAUGGAUGCAAUUAGCAACAGUUGGAAAACGCUGCAGAGGAAGUUCAUAUGUGUUUGAGUUUGGAGAUAAUGGUGAAGUAUUGGUUCAGUUCUACACAGAACAAAGCUUAGCCUCGUGUAAUAUAAAGAAUGGGCUGAUCAAAAAUCUGAUGGCUUUUGGUCGUAACUUUGACAAGCAUUUUGCCUAUAGGCAUGUGGAGAGCCUAGCAUUACUUGACAAAGCUAAUGAUACAUUGAUACCUCACAUCGAGCCUAGUACUUGACAGAGAGAAGGCAAAGUUUUGUUAGCACAGAGCGACCGCGUAACUCAACUCGGGGAUUGGCUCAAAUAGUUUGAACUUGACUCAAUUAACAUGGAAUCAAUUGCAAAUUCAUGGUGCAGAGUCCAUUUUUUCAAGGGAGAACCUACAAUUUUUUUGUUUGAUUUAUUCUGAUUAUGGUUGUCUAUGUUUCAUGUUGAGAUUGAUUCUGAAUUUCAGGCAGUGAUGGAUUUGUGCAUCAUUCUCAUGUGGAAUGGAAUAAAAGAAAAUUAUAGUUGCUUUCUAUUGCUUAGAAAUAUUUUAUCUUCUUAAUCGACUGUUGUUUGAUAAACAACAAAUAAUAAAACUCGACGAUUUCCUCGA